GUCUUCUUUGUCCUCCUCGUCGUCGUCCCGCUCUUCCUUUCCCCUCUUCUUCGUCUUCCUCCCGCUCGGCAUCUAACUACAGGGGCUGUGGUCUUGUUCAGCAAUGAGUCAGCCGGCGCCGCCGCCAAUCCCGCCGCGCGUCCGACAUGACAGCGUCUCGUCGACUGGCGCUGGGUCUGCCGCACAGCCACCGCCACUCAUGCCAAAGAACCCCGCGCUCACCCUGCAGCACCACGCGUCCAACAGCUCACUCAACAGCACAAUCGCCGCUAGUGUUGGCGGCGGCGGUGGUGGAGCAGCCAGCUUCCAGAUGCAGCACAACCGCGCCGCGUCCACCACCUCCACCAGCUCUGCCACAGAGUCGCUCGCCCUCGCUGCGGCCUUCCCGCCCCAGUCCCCUGCCCCGUUCCAGCCGUCAUCGCCGCCCCAGCCAGCGGGUCCUCUGUCACGGCAACCGUCGGCCAACGUGACAAACACGAACGUUGCUUCCGCCGCCGCCAACUCGCCAAACCCAGACAGCAUGCGCAAGCGCGCCCCGUCAGACUUUGAGUUUGGCGACGUCCUCGGCGAAGGCUCGUACUCGACCGUCGUGCUUGCCAAGGAAAAGUCCACCAGUCGCUACUUUGCCGUCAAAAUUCUCGAAAAGAAGCACAUCAUCAAGGAAAAGAAGGUCAAGUACGUCAACACGGAAAAGGACGUAUUAAACAGAGUCAAUCAUCCAUUUUUCGUUCGAUUGUUUUACACCUUCCAAGACGUCGAGCGACUGUACUUUGUGAUUAGCUUUGCCGCCAACGGUGAAUUGCUCACCACCAUUAAGAAGCUAGGGUCCUUUGACGAACGAUGCGCACAAUUUUACGCCGCCGAAAUUGUCGUUGCGUUGGAAUAUCUGCACAAUCUCGGUGUCAUCCACCGCGAUCUCAAGCCAGAAAACAUCCUUUUGGACACGGACAUGCACAUUAAGAUUACAGACUUUGGAUCGGCCUACUUGAUCGGCCAGGAUGCAGAGACGGACGUGCGCGCAAACUCGUUUGUCGGCACUGCCGAGUACGUUUCGCCCGAGCUGCUCACGGAAAAGAUUGCAUCCAAGGCGUCCGAUUGGUGGGCCCUCGGCUGCAUCAUUUACCAAAUGCUUGCCGGCCGGCCUCCAUUCCGUGCUGGAAACGAGUACCAAACCUUCCAAAAAAUCACCAAAUUGGACUACUCCAUUCCCAACGGGUUUCCGCCAGCCGCGCGCGAUCUCGUCGAAAAGUUGCUGGUGCUUGACUCUUCCAAGCGACUUGGCUCGGACUCUGCCGGUGGCGUCAAUGCCAUCAAGUCUCAUCCCUUCUUUCGAGGCCUCGAGUGGAACUCUCUUCACAUGCAACAACCUCCGGCACUGGUGCCGUAUCUCCCCCCAAUCUCGCGAAACAGCGUUCCCUUGCACAGCGUAAUUCGCGAUGAUGAUGAUGAAGAGGCAGCUCCUUUGCAAUCGGCACUCGAGUCUUUCACCCUCACCGCGCCGGAGCGAGCUGGAAUGCGAUCUCAAUUGUUGCUAAGACAAGCACAAGAAUCUCAAUGGCAUCGCUUUGUUCAAGUUGACGAGCUCAUCAUCAAGACGGGCAUUAUCCACAAGCGAAAGGGUCUCUUCUCAAAACGGCGGCAACUAGUACUCACCGACAAGCCACGCUGCUUGUACAUUGACGUCGACAAGAUGGAAAUCAAGGGCGAAAUUCCCUGGUCGACCGAAAUGCGCUUUGAAGUCAAAAACAAAAAGACCUUCUUCAUCCACACACCAAACCGCACCUAUUAUCUCGAGGACCUCAGCGCAGACGCAUAUGGGUGGUGCGAGCAAUUCAAUGCACUUUUGAAACAGUACCGCGCCACAAUAGCCGCUGGAAUGCACCUCCGCCAACAACAAAACCUGGAUAGCUGAAACCGCAAGCGGGCCGCUGCUUUCCUCGUUCCUUGUCCUUCCUCUUUCCACUCUUUUUCUGUUUGUUGCAUUUCGUACCCGAUUUCACUUGUUCGGGUUGGCACUGUGCUGUCAAUUCGGUUUUGAUGUCACUGCUGUUCAUCUCCUAAUGUUUGCUGACGGUUUUCAUUUUUUUUUUUUUUUUUUUUUCGUGUUGCGCUUUUUCCUUUUUUCUUCUUUUCUUAUAUCUUGGUUGCUCUCAGCCACCUUCGACUCUUAUGGUUGGGCUCGCAUGCUGUUCUCUGUUCUUCUCUGUUUCUCCCUCUCUAAGUUCGUCGUUCCAAAUAUAUCCAAUUCUCAGCC